CCCGCCCAAAACCGUUGGUACAUCCUGUUAUCUUGGCGAAACAGAUGCCGGAUGCAGUCGCGCCACUGCUGCCCCCUCCGCCCCUCCUCCUUAUGUGGGGAGUGGCCUGUAUCCUUCUUUGGAGGGGUUGGGAGGGCCGGAGGGGGAGGGUGUAGCCACGUCACCGGCGGGGCGGGAUGGUGCGCCCCGAGGGGUGGAACGAGGGGCGGAGCCAGGGCGCUCUGGCUCGGCCCUUGGACCAGCCUUGACUGAUUGGGCGAGGAUCAGGGAGGAGCUUGCAACGGCGGCUCCGUCCGUGGUGGCCAUGCCCGUGGUGAUAAAAACAGAGGGACCGGCUUGGACCCCUCUGGAGCCAAAAUUGAUUACGCGAUUGGCUGACACGGUCAGGACCAAAGGUUUACGAUCUCCAAUCACCAUGGCAGAGGUGGAAGCUCUUAUGUCUUCCCCGCUGCUGCCGCAUGACGUCACGAAUCUUAUGAGGGUCAUAUUAGGUCCCGCUCAAUAUGCUCUGUGGAUGGAUGCUUGGGGCGUCCAACUGCAGACGGUUGUAGCGGCGGCUACACGAGACCCUCGACAUCCUGCGAAUGGUCUGGGGCCGGGGUUACGCAGCGGUUAAGAAUGGUGAGACGGAUAAAAUUAUCUGGAUUCCCUCCAGAAAGGUCAAACCGGACCUAAGUCGCGAAAGUAAUGUGACUGGAAAAGAUGAGGCGAGCUCUCCCUUUGCAGGCAUUUCUAACUGGAUACCCUGGGGAAACGAGCAAGAAAGACCUGAAGAAGAGGCCGUCGGAGACAAACAAGAAAGAUCCGGGGAAGACACCCUUGCUGCCGACGAGAAUUAAUGGAAUUACGGUGUUUGUCUGUUUAUUAAUCCUAUGUGGGGUCACGGGGACGGGCGCUGACACACACUUCAUGCCACAGCCAGGGAAUUUGUGGGUUACUUGGGCAAAUAAGACGGGCCAAAAUGACUUUUGCCUUAGUUUACAAUCGGCAACAUCGCCUUUUCGCACCUGCCUAGUAGGUAUCCCUCAAUACACGUUAGAAGCCUUUGCGAGGUACACCACAAACCAUUCCGCUUGCCGUAACGACAUCGAUCUAGCAAACCAAACGGCAUGUUUGAUAAAAUCUCUGAAUGUGUCUCUCCCAUGGGAUCCACAAGAAUUAGAUAUCUUGGGGUCACAGAAGGUUCGGAAUGGGUCGCAUAAUGGCACACGUACCUGUAUUACCUUUGGGUCAGCGUGCUGGAAGGAAGGUGACUUUUUGACCUGCGACUUGUUUGACGGGGUAUUCAACGGCUCUGAGGGAUUGAAAGGACAACUGCAGGCCUUAAUUGCCCGGUGGGUAGGCACAGAUCCACGGCUGGAGCCAUACAACGAGACCUCUUGGACUGUGGUCAGUCCUAUGAACACGAAGGCUUUUUCCAUUACUUCGGGUUAUUGCGGGUAUACCAAAAAUGAAACACGGGUCUUCGUAAAGUACAAUACGACCUGUUUGUCAAAGGGUGGGGUCCUUUCUGGCAAUGAAUCCCAAUUUAAUUGUACGGCAGUUUGGGACUUUUAUGGGUAUGGGUUCACUUUCAAAAAGGGGGCCAAUGAGGCGCUAUGGAAUAACAAAACGGCUAAGGCAUUACCCCCUGGAAUCUUCUUGAUCUGUGGGGAUAGAGCCUGGCAGGGCAUCCCGCACAAUGCCUUAGGAGGACCCUGUUACCUAGGGGAACUGACGUUACUGUCUCCGAAUUUCACGACAUGGAUGCAGUAUGGCCCGAACAUCACGGGUCACUAUCGUCGCCGAAAGCGUUCGAGCCCUCUCCCGGAGAAUUGUAACGACGAGAUAGAGUUAUGGAGUGCCACAGCACGGAUAUUCGCAUCAUUUUUCGCCCCUGGGGUUGCUGCAGCACAGAGCUUGGCUCAGAUAGAACGCCUAGCAUGUUGGUCAGAUAAGCAGGCGAAUUUAACAACAUUAAUAUUGAAUGCGAUGCUAGAGGACACAAACAGCAUUCGACAUGCGGUGCUGCAAAACAGAGCAGCCAUCGACUUCUUGCUCUUGGCACAGUGGCAUGGAUGUGAAGACCUAGAGGGAAUGUGUUGCUUCAAUCUUAGCGACCACAGUGUAUCCAUCCAUAAAGCGCUGAAAGCCCUGCGAGACCAUACGGGAAAGAUCCGAGUGGAGGACGACCCCAUCGGGGACUAGCUGAGAAGUGUGUUCGGAGACAUAGGGGGAUGGGGUGUGCAUUUAUUGAAGGGUUUACUUUUGGGGCUUGUAGUUAUCUUGUUCUUGAUAGUAUGCGUGCCUUGCCUUUUACAAAUCAUGUUAAGUUGUAUUCAAAGGAUGAUUGACCGCACAAUCAACUAUCGCGUAGAAUAUACGAAAAUGCAAAAGGCAUGUAGACAAGCAGAAGGCGCAGUAGCGUAAGGAUAGGGUAAGAAUAUUUUGCGAAUCGGGAUGUAACGGGGCAAGGCUUAACUGAGAGGACAAUGGCAUGUAUAGGCGCAAUGCGGGGAUUUCGGGUUGUACGCGGUUAGGGUCCUCUCAGAAUGUAGUAGUUACGCUUAUGCAUAGGGAGGGGGAAAUGUAGUCGAACAGGGCCGACAGGGGCCCCUUGGCCCCUGGGAAACCA